UUAAAAAACCCAAGAGACGCCAAAGCGGUGAAGAAGAACACAGAGACUGGAGUUUGGGUCAAAACCCUACCGGAGCUAGAAGGAAGAAGAAGAUGAGCGCCAUGAAGGGACCACUAGAAAGGCUUCACCUAAGUGAAAGCCACCACCAAUCACCGUUCCCCAAUUCCGACCCUGCUCGAUUCCAGAGCCUUCUGGACUCCGUCGCCUCCGACCCCAGUCUUCCUUCUUCCUCGUCUCUCGGUGCUGACCUCGAUCCCAAUUUGGAUGACAAGGAUGGCAUUCUCAGCCAGGACUUCUUCUGCACUCCAGAUUAUAUCACCCCGGAAAAUCAGAAUACGUUUAACGGGUUUGAUUGCAGUAAGGAAAACAUCCCUUGCCCCAAAUCUCCGGAGAAAACUGCGGUUAAAUCCAAGAGGCGUCGACAGGGGCAUUAUGUUAUCUCAUCGGAUCCUGUUCUUAGCCCCACUUUGUUUGGGAAUCAGGAGGUGGGGAAAGAUGCAAUUGGAAUAGAUGAUAUUGAGAUAGAGAACACAACUGUAAGUGAAGUGCGGAAGACAACAAAUUAUGUAUCCCAAUCUGCAGUUGCUUUGCGCUGUCGGGUUAUGCCUCCUCCAUGCUUUAAGAAUCCUUAUUUAAAGGAUGCUUCACAAAUGGAGAUUGAUCCUUUUGGCAAUCAAAGAUCAAAAUGUGCAGCUUUCUUACCUGCAAUGAAGGAUGGAAAUGGCCUUUCACGUUAUCGUGCUGAUUUUCAUGAGAUUGAGCAAAUUGGGAGGGGGAACUUCAGUCAUGUAUUUAAAGUCUUGAACCGAAUUGAUGGUUGCUUGUAUGCUGUGAAACAAAGCAUUAGGCAGUUGCAUCAGGACACAGAAAGGAGAAAAGCUUUAAUGGAAGUUCAAUGCUUAGCAGCUCUAGGAUCCCAUGCAAAUAUUGUUGGGUACUACACUUCUUGGUUUGAAAACGAGAAGCUCUACAUUCAGAUGGAGCUAUGUGAUCACAGCUUAUGUGUAAACAGUUUUUCCAGACGUUUCACAGAGGGAGAGAUUUUAGUAUCCUUGUAUCAGAUUGCAAAGGCAUUGCAGUUUAUGCAUGAGAGAGGAAUAGCUCACUUAGAUGUAAAGCCAGAUAAUAUAUAUGUGAAGAAUGGUAUUUAUAAGCUUGGUGACUUUGGAUGUGCAACUCUACUUGAUAAAAGCCUACCAAUUGAAGAGGGUGAUGCUCGCUAUAUGCCUUCAGAGAUCCUGAAUGAGAAACAUGACGAUCUUGCCAAGGCUGAUAUCUUCUCAUUGGGAGUUGCUAUGUAUGAGCUUAUUAGAGGUUCACCGUUACCGGAAGAAGGACCUCAAACCUUAAAUCUUAAGAAAGGAAAAUUGCCACUGCUUCCUGGUCACUCCUUGCAACUUCAGAACUUGCUCAAGGCCAUGUUGGAUCCAAAUCCAGUCUGCAGACCAUCAGCUAAAGAGUUGGUUGAAAAUCUAAUGUUCCACAGGGUGCUAAAAAAUGCAUGGGCCUAGAACAACCACGAUUGCGAAUUGAAGAGAUUGGGGUAUUGUAUUAUAGUAUAUAUGUCAUCCUUUUGUGUCUGCCAGCCCAGUAAAAUAGGCAAAAGUAUGUGAAUGGCCAAUUUUGUAUCUAUAAUUCUCCCUCAUGUAUUAAUAUGCACCUAAUUUUCCUCCUAAUGCGGUGCAUUUUUUAUGAAUCCUGAGGAUUCCUUGGUCA